AUAAGACCUUCUAGAAGACCCUAAUUUCUUGGGUGUCAAGUAGUCGUAGUUUGUAAUAAAAAAUAAUAGAAUAAUGCAUCAAACUAUAGUGGCUGCAAUUUAAACCUUAUUACAACCUAAUAAAUACCAGAAUGUGCCUUGAAAAAAUUUCCUCAAUCUUCCGCAACUUCAUAACCCUUUAACUGGAAAACUAAGAACAAAAGAAUUCUUAGAAAGUAUAAUAAAGCAUUGUCACUAGAACUGAUUCUCGAACAAUGGCAUUGGCAAGGAUUGCUAGAAGCAACCUGAGAAGAUCAGGUGUUGCUUUUGGAAGUAAUGCAUAUCAAAAGGAUAUGUUCAAUGAGAGAUCACAUACAACCAAAUGUCCCUUACCUUCUUCACAUGUAGAUGGCUCUUUUUCGUAUAUUUCAAAAAUUAAGGAGCAUAACAGCAUGAAUUUUUCAAUGAGGGGAAUAUCGGGAACUCCAUACUAUUGGACUCCGUCUUCUAAUACACAAAGGGUUGUAGAGGAGUCAGAGUUGGAAGAUGAUCGACAAAGAUAUGCAGGACUAGAAGCAACAAAACCAGGUGAAAAACCUAGGGUGGUUGUUCUAGGUACUGGUUGGGCAGCUUGUCGGUUUCUUAAAGGGCUAGACACCAGAAUUUAUGAUGUUGUGUGCAUAUCACCAAGGAAUCAUAUGGUUUUCACUCCUUUGUUGGCUUCAACAUGUGUUGGUACACUUGAAUUCAGGUCUGUUGCCGAGCCUAUUGGUAGCAUACAGGAUGCACUUUCAAAGGAUCCCAAUUCACACUUCUUUCUAGCUUCCUGCACUAACAUUGACACAAACAAACACGAAGUAUACUGCGAGACAGUUACCAAUGGUGGAUUGUCUAGAGAGCCUUACCAAUUUAAAGUUGCCUAUGACAAGCUUGUAAUUGCAUCUGGAGCCGAGCCUUCAACUUUUGGUAUCAAGGGAGUUAAGGAACAUGCGUUUUUUCUUCGUGAAGUGAAUCAUGCUCAAGAAAUAAGGAAGAGACUUCUUCUUAACCUCAUGCUUUCUGAAAAUCCAGGCAUAUCAGAAGAAGAAAAGAAACGUCUUCUGCACUGUGUAGUUAUUGGAGGUGGUCCUACAGGAGUGGAAUUUAGCGGUGAAUUGAGUGAUUUCAUCACGAAAGAUGUUCGUGAGCGCUAUACUCAUGUUAAAGAUUACAUUCACGUCACACUAAUUGAGGCGAAUGAGAUACUGUCAUCCUUUGAUGUUAGCCUACGACAAUAUGCAAUGAAGCACUUAACAAAGUCUGGAGUUCGUUUUGUUCGAGGUGUUGUGAAGGAGGUACAUCCCCAAAAGAUAGUUUUAAGCGAUGGAACUGAAGUUCCUUAUGGUCUAUUGGUCUGGUCCACAGGGGUUGGUCCUUCAGAGUUUGUCAAAAAACUGAAUCUUCCUGUAUCACCUGGUGGAAGAAUUGGUGUUGAUGGUUGGAUGCGUGUUCCAUCAGUGGAAGAUGUCUUUGCCCUUGGAGAUUGUGCUGGUUUUCUUGAACAAACUGGAAGGCCUGUGCUUCCAGCUCUAGCUCAGGUUGCUGAAAGGCAAGGGAAGUUCCUUGUGGAGUUGUUCAACAAAAUUGGGAAACAGGAUGGAGGAAAAGCUUUGUCUGCAAAUGGCAUCCAAUUUGGAAAUCCUUUUGUGUAUAAACAUCUUGGAAGCAUGGCAUCAGUAGGUGCUUAUAAGGCACUUGUUGAUCUAAGACAAUCCAAGGAUGCGAAGGGAUUGUCACUUGCUGGUUUUGUGAGCUGGCUGGUAUGGCGUUCGGCAUAUCUUACUCGUGUGCUGAGCUGGAGGAACAGGUUUUACGUUGCAGUAAACUGGGGAACCACUUUUGUCUUUGGUAGAGACAACAGCAGAAUAGGUUGAAAUUUGGUUGCAGCAUUGUAGCAAAACCAAUCAACCUUUUUGACUCGUUAUUUUAGUUGAGUGGUUAGCUUAUGUAUUCUUUUGUUCUUUUUUUGGUAUUCACAGUAAAAAUUAUAUCAUAUAAUGAUAAAAAGAAAGUUGGAUCGCAUAAAUAUGACAUGUUACAAUAAUUUUUUCUUCAUUUAUUAUGGUUUCAUUGAAAUGUAUUCUUGGACAAGUUAUCCUGUGAGUACAAGAUUACACGAUCGUGAAAUUUAUUUUUGUAGAACAAUAUCUUUUCGAAAUUCAACUUGAGAAAAUUAAAGAAUUUUCAGAGAAAUUGUAUAUUCUAUUGAAAAAUCAAAUACUUGUAUUGUGCUCAACUUUGUUUACAUCUUUGGUUGAAUUUUUUUUUUAAAGGCCAAAAGAAGAAUCUAUAUUAAAGAGAGGCAUCAGAAAUGCCAAAGUACAACGAUAGCUGCUAACAAAAUGCAGAUUAUACACCAGUUUCUAACUGCAUACAACCCCACUCCUACUGUUACAAACAACUAACAUACAC